UUUUAUUCGCCCCAGUGUUGAGUGCUUGAGAUGAAAUUAGGGGUGACAAGAUAAGAAAGAGAUCGAAGCAUGGCUCCCGAUGCCACGACUACACCCUCUUCCGAAGCGGCGCCUUCCCUCCGCAUCUUUACCGGCGCCGACUCCUUCGGCUGCAACCUUAAGGAUGCCCUAGUCUCCCACCUCCGCUCCAUUCCCGGCGUCGAAAUCGUCGAUCUAGGCACCGACAAAUACUACACCAUCGCCGAGCAAGUCGGCCGCCGCGUCUCCUCCGAUUCCUCUACCUCGCCGGAAACACGUGGUCUUCUCGCCUGCGGCACCGGCGUCGGUGUCUCCAUCUUCGCCAACAAGUUACCCCGCGUCUAUGCAUCCACUUGUACCUCCGUCGGCGACGCCGUGAACACCCGAUCCAUCAACAACUGCAACGUUCUCUGCGUCUCCGGCAUGUCCACCUCGCCGGAAGAUGCUCUGAAGAUCCUCGAUGCUUGGCUUCAAACCCCCUUCAAAUCUCCCUGCCCUGCCUCCGGUGACGAACCCUGGCCGAACGAAAUCGAAUCGUUCCUUGAGAAUUCCACUGCCGAGAUGGCCCAAAUCCCUAAUCCGGUCUCCCCUUCCUCAAACUGUGCUAUCUGUUGCUUGAGGAAAGGGAUGGAGUUCCAGCCGGUGGAAAUCAUGCCGGGCGCAGAGAUGAAGAUUGUGAGAGAAAGUCCAACCUCGGCAGUGGUGAAGUUUAAAGCUGGUAGUUUGGAGCCGGCUCAUCACCAUACCUUCGGCCACGAUGUGCUGGUGAUGAAGGGGAGGAAGAAGGUGUGGAAUUUGGAUAAGAAUGAAAGUUACGAGCUUGUUGAAGGGGAUUACUUGUUUACGCCAGCAGGAGAUAAGCACAGGGUGAACUACUUUGAGGACACUGAGUUCUUCAUAAGGUGGGAUGGGGAUUGGGAUAUAUUCCUGGAUGAAAGCCUGGAAACUGCCGCUGAUGCCAUCAAAGUGGAGCUUGAAAGAAGUAAGUGAUGUUUUGCUUUUCGCAUAUGACGAUGAUGAUGAAAUUUAUGAGUAAUACUAUUGAAGUUUGGCAUUUGUGUUGUCGACAUGCUAUCAGUUUGAGCAUUUUGGAGGGAUUAGCAUAUCCUAUCGUGGUCAUGUCGUUAUAUAUAAAAUGUUUGUGGAGUCUAUGUUUUGUGCAUUACAGAGUUGGAUUAUAUCCUAUGUUUGGCUUUGUGGCUCUUGCCUGGAAGAUAAUAAAUGGAGUGCUGGCAUGUAAUGAGAUGUUUUAAGUUGUGCUGAAUAAAGAUGCUACUUUUGCGUGCGUCAA